AUGACUCAUCUUCCAUCAGUGAUUUUAGAGCUAUCAAAUCCUGUCUAUGCCUAUAAACAUGGUCACGGUCCUCAUCAUGCACAUCUCCUGCGCUGUCAUGGAUUUGGUUUGGUAUUAGGUAGUAUUCUGGAUAAGUGGACACCAACGGCUCAAAUGGAAGCUGCUGCCGAUGCUUGUAAAGGGAGUAAUCUCAACUUUUGGAAUGAGCAAGAACCUACUGCUCCAAAUUGGCCUCCAGAGUUACGUGUCAUUGUAGAUCGGACCCUGGAUUUUUGGAGAUUACGUGAGGAGGUUGAAGAUAAUGCAUUUUCUGCCGAUAAAAAGCACUGCAAAAUUUGUCACAACUUACCAGAUCAUGAAAAGUGUGUUCAGCGGAAAAUUGUCCAUUGUAAUGAAGACCCUGGCUUCUAUGCAAAGGUCAAGGGAGCUGGUAUUACGAGAGUGCCAGAGAAGGAGCAGAUGAAACCACGCCAAAAUCGAAAGCAAUCAAUCAUGCCCCAGCUUUACCACCCAGAUGAGCUUGGUCUGGAGUGUAUUACUGCAGACGAUGAUAUCAUACAGCGGUGUGGGAAGUUGGUUAUUCUCUUUGUUGAUCCAGAUAUUGAUGAUACAAGCCCUGGAGAGACUCUGGAUUUUGUUUGGUUCGAAGCAUUUGGGCGCCAGCCAGGCGGCCAUUUUGAAAAACUUGUUCAUCACUGCAAUAAGGUGACUGCAGUCAAACCAGUGCGACGUGGAGGGAAGUUCGAUUUAUGGUCAAGUGGUCAAAUGCACCCAUAUGGUUGGAGACAGCCUUCUGGGGGUCGUCUUGGAGAUACUUAUGCUCCUUAUGCUGGUAUAGAGGCUGAAACUUUGGAAGGGAUAAUGGUGUUGUUUGAACAUGCCGAGACAUCUUGUAUUCUUAUGGGAACUGCUAAAGGCUUUCACAGAAAGCUGUGGCGCAAUAUGAAAGAUGCUUCAAGAAUGUGUGAACGGGUCGGGUUAGCAGGUGUUAAUGUUUUUGACUGUAGGAACUACACAUCUCCCCAGCAUGCAGAUGAGGAUUGUGUCCGCUCCUUAUGUGCUCAGAUUCUACUGAAUGCUGAAGAGAAGUGGAGUGAGUUUUCAUUUUGUGCAACACAAUAUGGGUACUAUAUAGAAACCCGUGAAAAUACCCUCUGGAGCUUUGAUUCAUCUAAAUUGCAUGGCACAAUGCUUCCAUCAGAGAGAACAGUAUUACGUCUACGGGGAGGAGCUGGACAGGUAGGAGCUGGACAGGUAGGAACUGCAGGUAGUGUUGGUCCACAUGUUACUACGCGUCGGCGGGACCAAACCAGAGCUGAAAGGAAUGAGCAAACUAGACGUAAUUAUCAGCUUCGUGAACGGGUAUGGCACCAUUAA